GUCGAACCAGACCGUGAGACGCUGGUGCACCAGAGGCAAAGCACAUUUGCUCCACACCUGCACAUCUCCACCACUGUGAACAGAGAGCAUGGAGGAAGACCUACAGAAGAGGCCCACGUCCAGGGGUCUGAGUACCCUGGAGAAGAGCCUGACACUACUGUUUGUGGCUCUGACUGGCGCCUGCAUCGGACUGGUGGUCAUCUACUUCACUGACAAGAACAGCGUCUCCACUGAUGAAGAGGUCAAUUCAGGAUGCGGGGGUCCUCAGGCACUCAAGGGCCCGUCGGGGGAGUUCACCAGCAUGAAUCACCCCAGUAGCUACGACAACGGCAUGAGCUGCAGCUGGCACAUCACUGUGGACCCAGGCAUGGUGAUCCAUUUGUGGUUUGAACACUUCUCCCUGGAGGCAACAGACCUGUGCACAGCAGACUACUUUACAAUACAGGACAACCUGGGAGUCAUCGGGAGGUUGUGUGGGCGCUCCAAACCCGGGCCGAUAGUGUCAUUAGGAAACUCUAUGUUGUUGUUCUUUGACACCAAUGACAGAAAUACAGACAAGGGAUUCAAAGCGAAGUACCAAGCUGUGACACCAGAGAGUACUUUAGAAAUAGCCGGGGCUGGUGGCGCUCUCCAAGGUGACCGCGGUGAUCUACUGACCCCUGGGUUCCCAGCACAGAACUAUGAGAACGGGACUCUCUACCAGUGGAGGAUCACUGUACCAGAGGGAGAGAAGAUCAGACUGACGUUCUCCUCCUUCGACCUGGUCCCUGAGGCCUGUAGAGAUUACAUAGAUGUCUACGAUGGCCACAAAACCGGCUCCGCCAUGUUGGGUCGAUUCUGUGGUAGUAAGAAUCCAGGCCGCGUGGAUUCCAGUGGCAACACGAUGGUGGUGCGUUUCAAAAGCGAUGCCACUCUCACCUCCAAGGGUUUCAGUGCCACAUUCACCAAGACCGGCCUCAUCCCGACCAUGGUCAAGCCUACCACCAUGAUGCCCACAACACUAGCUAUAACCGACUCAGGCUGCGGUGGUGUCGGAACGCUGUUUGGCCGUAAAGGGGAGAUCUAUUCUAUGGGAUUCCCAGAUGCGUAUCCCGGGAAUCUUCACUGCUCCUGGAACAUCACAGCUCCGGAAGGCUUCCUGGUCAAACUGCACGUCACAGACAUGUCCGUCACGGGAGAGGCGGGCCAGUGUGGCGAAGACAAGCUUGUAGUUUCUGACAGCCUCCAGGCGCUUGGCACACACUGUGGCUACGUCCUUCCCCCUGUGGUGGUCAGUGCCAAUAACAAGAUGUCCCUGAGCUUCCUGUCCGACUCACGUCUCUCUGACCGAGGCUUCUCCGCCAAGUGGGAGGCCGUGUAUCCUGAGGACAUUGCCGCGAUCCAGGGAUGCGGAGGGGCCUCCCAUGAGUUAAAAGGGGUUAUUAAGUCUCAGAACUGGCCUAUGAACUACAAGGCGGCCAGCGAGUGCAUGUGGAGUGUGGAGGUGCCCAAAGGGAAGACCAUAACUCUGACGUUCACCCACUUCGACGUGGAAGCCAAGGACAUUUUCACUUCCAAAUGCUUGGAUAACAUGGUGGCGUACGACAUCUAUAAUGACGGAGCUGAGAGUACAAAACACAGUCCAUGGUGUGGUGACCAACUCCCAGCCACCAUCACAACUAAGGGCAACAAGUUGGUGAUGCGUUUCCAUACUGACUUCUUCGUGGAGGCUAAAGGUUUCAGAGCCUACUGGACUACAGACACCACCCAGCCUGUUCCCACUGA